AUUCAUUGUUAUUCCAUUGAUAUAUAAGUGAUCGCUGAAUACUUCCAAAAUAUUCGAUAAGUUAUUAUCAGAUAACAUGAAACAUACGAUCAAAGUUUUUGUUUUCUUGAAUUUAAUAACGUCUAUGAGUUUAAAGAGGGCCAGUUCAGGUGAAAAUGACAAAUUGGUAGCAGUGUCUGUGAUAUACAGACAUGGUGCUAGAGGACCAUCAAGCUCAUAUCCCAAUGACCCAUACCUGGAUGUGACAUACUGGCCAAAUGGAUUGGGACAACUUGUAGAUGAAGGAAAACUAGGCCAGUUCAAUCUUGGAAAAUGGUUAAGAAACCGCUACUCGUCCUUUCUCUCAGAAAAAUAUAAUGCAAGUGAACUUCUGGUUCGUUCCACCGAUGUAGACAGAACCCUCAUGUCUGCUGGAUCGAAUUUAGCAGGAUUAUACUAUAUUAAUAAUCCUUCACAUGAAUGGAAAAACGGCCUCCCUUGGGAUCCUAUACCCAUUCAUACCGUACCCGAAAAUAUUGAUGAGGUAAUAUCCAUGUACAGAUAUUGCAAAAAAUUUGAACAACUAUAUACAGAAGCAAUCAAUUCCGAUUUUUACAAACAACUGAGUGUGGCAUAUAAAAAUCUUUUCGACUUGGUAUCUGAUAAAACUGGAUGGGGUAGUGUAGAUUUAUCACAACUGCUCCAUAUUUAUAUUACGUUUCACAUAUACGAAACCCUCAAUCCUUCGUACUUGCCAGACUGGGCAAAUGAAAUCAAUGGAACCGAACUCGCUUAUCUUGCAGGAUUAUCUUUGGCAAGGGCAACAGUCACCAAGGAUUUGCAGAGAUUGCAAGUUGGACCAUUCAACAAUUACUUGAACAACCAUUUCGACGGAGUUAUCGAAGGAAUCUCAGCAAAGUUUUUGAUGAUUUCUGGACAUGAUGGGACGAUAGCAUCAAUUUUGAAUGCAUACGGAGCUUACGAUUAUUUCCCCCCUGAAUUUUGUUCCACUUUGAUUUGGGAAAUUCGAAAGAACCAGGCAGGAAACCAUUAUGUGAAUAUUUUUUAUAAAAGAGAUGAUUCAGAUAACCUGGUGCCAAUAGUAGUCGAUCAAUGUUCCUUUGAUUGUGAGUAUGUUAGGUUUAAGAGUAUCCUUCAACCAAUCACCGUUGAUUCCGCCCAAUGGCUGAAAGAGUGCGAGAAUGAUGACAGCGAUUAAAUUAGAACAUUCGUUGACUGCAAUCUCUUUAAGAGAAUUGAACUUAUUCAUUUCGAUUUAAUGAUCAUAUAUUCGUAUAAGUUAGCAUGGUCAUCUGAGCUUACGAAAAUGCCAUCUAUGGUAACUCAAGUGCUCAUUCAACCCUACGGUGAUUAGUUGCAAAACCAAGCUUUGUCAAAUGAAACAAUACUAUCUAUGAAUUGAUGGAUGUAGUCAUCACUACGUAAUGAAGGGAAUUGAAAUUUUCUAUGUUUUUUUUCACUUUUAUUUGUAACUAAUGUUACUGCAGUUUCGUCCUAUGAGGACUUUUUGAACUUAUACAUUUAAUGUUUGAUGCAGUAACGUUAGUUACCAAUAAAAGUGGUAAGAAACAGAAAGUUUCAGUUUUUUUUUCUUCACAAUACUAUCUGUUGGUUAAACGAUUUUUCAAACAGCGUACGAUGUACUCAUAGAAGCCAGGAUUUGCAAAAGACCGCCGUUGCCUUAAAAAGUGAGGCUGGAGUUUCCUGACGAUCCCAUAGAUGGCAACCUCGAACGGGAUGGUUAUAUUAACUUAUAUUCAGGCCUAUCCAGCAAUACAUUCUGUGGUUGAGCCUAGAAUCACUAAUGAGAAUUAUGACAGUUUGAAACAGUGCUGCUUGAUGUUGAUGUUCUUCUCAUUGUGAAUCAGCAUACAUGUUCAAUUAUAGAUUUUCAAACUGACUGUAAUAAAGAUUUCAUGAAAAAUA